AGCCCCUAGCAAUUUACACUAAUUUAAUUAGCCAACAUCAGGUAAUGGGUUCAUCAAUUCAAAACCAACAACGUCUAUAGCUUGAACCCCUCAGAAGAGCGCUUAUAUCUACGCAUAUUAGAUGUAAACAGUUUUAUUUCCAGUAAAUUAAUUUUGUUUUUUUUAUUAUAAAAUCUAAAAUAAUAUUUAAUUUAACAAAUAAAACAAAUUGUUGGUGAAAACCUAAAAUUUCUUUAGAAAAGAAUUGAUUUUCAUUUGGAAAAAAAAAGAAGAAGUAGAAAGAAAACUGCAUACAUGAAAAUUCCAAUACAGUUUGUAAGAAAAAAAAGCAAUGGAUUUGAAAAGCUUCUACAAGAAAAUCGAUGUGGAUGGCAUUAAAAAUAAAUUACCACCGUUGAAAAUUCCAAAAAUCAAAUCACGAAAAAUAUUCAAAAGCUCACGUGAGGAUUUGGCCCAGCAACAAUCACCAGCUGACGCAAUGGGAGUAGGUUCACCUAUAACACCACAAUCUCUGCCAGGACACUCCACUUUUAUUGAUCGAACUCCGACUAGAAUUUCCACAGUGGCAUCGCUGAUGAAUUUAAGUUAUGGCUUCAAGGAUAAACAGGAUGGUGGUGGGUUAUCGACUUAUAAGACCGCCAGCCAUUUCGAAGAGGAAAAUUGUCCGGAUGAGUUCGAUACCCGGGAACCAGUUAGUGGGAAUUCGGUGAGUAGGUUUGGCGAUAAAUGCAAGAAAACCUAUAAGGACAUUUCCGAAUUCAAGAUUAAGAAUAUUUUUGCGAAGAAAACCGUUGUGAAGAGGACAGAGAUUGAAGUGGAUAUUUAUGCGCGGCAGUAUGAGCGGGAUAUUUAUCUGGAAGAACGAGAGUCAGAGGACCACCUCGUCGAGCAGGAGUACAAAUUCGAGUUCAAGGAGGCCAGGAGGCGUCUUUCAGGGUCGUCGGGAAGCAUAAGCCCAGCUGAUUCGUUAAGAUCGGGAGUACCCAGUCCGAUGCGGUCUGAGUUGAGUCAUCUUCAACAAAACGAUACUCCUCCACUUUUGGCAAAGCGGAGGAAUGCUAUCUCACAUGCAGAUGCCCUCAGGCAGAGGCUACAACGAUCCGUGUCAAUGGAAAGCAACGAUGAACCGCCAAGAAAACCAAACAGAAGCAGCUUAUGGAGCGUUAACGAGAACAGUAACGCCGAAUCAGGAGAAGAACAGGUGCCAGUUCAGCGAACGACGGAUUCAAGGCUGUCGAAGUUUAAGAAGUCCAUGAAGGAAGGAAUCCGAGAGAUGUCCAUGGAUUCGGGUGAUGAUCGACCGAGAAUUGGUAUGUCUAUGGCGAGGUUUAAAAAGCCAACAAGGGAGACUUCAUCAGAUGGCAGGAAUGGGCCACCAGAAUCAGGCGAUGAUCAAGCGUCCGCGUCGGCGGUGGCUCCAAAGGCUGGCCCAUCGAGAAUGGCCAGACUGAAGAAGUCAAUGAAGGAAGGUAUUUCAGAAGGCUUUAUGGAUAAAAAUGUCCCUACUGAAUCAGGGGAUGACCAACCGCCAGUGGCUCCAAGAGGUGGCACAUCCAGAAUGGCACGAAUUAAGAAAUCAGUGAAGGAUGGAAUAGCAGAAGGUUUUUCGGACAAAAACACUGCAGUCGAAUCAGGAGAUGAGCCCGGAUCAACUAUUAAACCAUCAAGAAUGGCUAGAUUUAAGAAGUCAAUGAGGGAGGGAAUUUCAGAGAAAAAUAUCGCUUCUGCAGAAUCAGGUGAUGACCAACCCUCUACCCAAAAGGCCGGUCCCUCCAGAAUGGCAAGGUUCAAGAAAUCAAUUAAGGCAGGAAUUCCGGAAGCCAUUCGAGACAGACACGUUCCUCCAGAAUCAGGAGACGAACAGGCGGCGGCGCCACAAAAAGGUGUAUCAAGAAUGGCACGAUUUAAGAAGUCAAUGAGGGAAGGCAUAUCGGAAGGUUUUUCAGACAGAAACAUUGCCCCAUCAUCGGGUGAUGAGCAACAAUCUCAUAAAACUGGGACAUCAAGAAUUUCUCGAAUAAAGGCAUCAAUAUCAGAAAGAAAUAUUCCGACUGCCGAAUCGGGAGACGAGAUGCCCAAAUCCAGUGAAUCAAGAAUGUCCAAAUUCAAAAAGUCCAUGAAAGAAGGAAUGUCUCACGAAUUCGACAGCAACUGGAAUCUCAAAGGAAUUCGCAAUCGAUUCACCAACGAUGAUCCUGAGCCAUCAACAAAAACCAAAAAGAAUCUUCAAUCGCAAGAAUCGCUCGAUCAGCAUUCGGACUACGAGAAGAAGUCUUGGAAAUUGAGUAAUAUCCACCUUAGGCGGGCAGAGCCUUCAGAGAAAACCAAUGAACCAGGUAUGUCGAGUCCAGAGGGUAAAUUUGCUGGCAUCAAAAUGAGUAUAAACCGCUUGAAGAAUCGAAAACCCCAACGACAACAAUCUGAAGAGUCAGGGACCGAUCAGAAUGCAUCAGAGUCUCCGAAGCUCAAUAGGUCCGAACAACUGAAGGCCGGUUUGCGGCGGCUGAAAAUGAGAGAACGAUCGAUGACGUUUGACGAGGAAGAAACUAAAACUCCCAAAGAGAACGAUAACAUCAGCAGGCUUCGCAACUGGAAGAAGAGUAUCAAACUAAAGCGAACAACUCAGGCUGUUUCUGAAGAUUAUGGUGAAGAACCACCACCGUUACCUACUUCGUCGCCUCCUGGGCGAUCUCACACUUUGAUAAGAAAACUCAAUCAUAUUCGAAGCCGGAAGGUCGUCUCUGAAGAUAACGAGGAAUCAGCUGAUCCAGCAAACGACCAGCAGAAGCAAAAAUCAAGCAAUUUAGAGAAACUUGAACAAGCUCGUACAAAGGCAUUGAGAAAGGUUAAUGCCCAAGUACAGAAAAUGAAGAACUUCCAUGGCAAAUCAAGAGACUCGCCGUCUGAAGCCAGUCCCGAGAAGGAACCACGUAAAAUAAAAAAAGAUACCAUUUCGAAACCUCUCUCAAUGGUUCCGAGCUCACAUUCCAUAGUAUCGGCACUUUCGCUGGACGAUGACGAUCAAAAAGCUUUACCCGAAAUUACCGUUCGUAAGAUAAGCAAGUCAAAGCCUAAGCUUGCUGGCUUGGGCUCAAAUUCAAUGGAAUCUUCGCUGUCAGUAGAAGACACCGAAGACGACGACAAAGAAGAAGAUGCUCCAAGAGUUUUCAUCCACCAGGACAACUCCGACCAGUUUGAAUCUACUUUGACAGUUGCGGUCACACGGCCAGCACCACCGGUGCCUCCCAAGACAGCUGUUAUCAAGGAACUCACUCUCAAGACCAAAAACCAGGCACCCAAGACUGAAUGGAUCCCCAACAAAAACGCCAUUUCGAGCUUCUUGGAAAUGACUCCAACGCCAUCACCAGAGCCAGCAACAAAGCAACUCGAUGUCAGUCGAGGACACUUACGCAAACGUUCGAUGGAUUCCAAUGACUCGGACUCUUGGAUCCCGGACAAUUUCCGCAACAAGAGUUGCUCUUCAUCUUCCAUUGCUGGUUUAAAUAAGAUCAACGAAAACUCCCAGCCAUGGAAGGUCCACAGUGUCUUUAGUGAGGAGAAGCUCUACAAGACCAAGAGCAUUGAUAUUUUUGCAAAUCGCGAUGGUGGGGCCUUCAGGGACUUUGAUGAUGAAAUGAAAAACGUUCCGGUGAGACGUAUAAUUGCCGAUAGCGCAGAGAACUUGAACAAGCCUUAUGGUGAUAGCACCGACGAUGAAGAAGACUACGACAACCCUUCAAGAGUAACUCGAACGAAUCACGAGUCUCCAAUGGUUAGCACCAAAGUCGCCAUCGAAACCGUUCGAAGUUUAAACUCGUACGACAGUACUGAGAGCAACAAGGCAUACCGCGGCAGCCCAGUGCCAAGCAAGAAGCCGGCACAAAUCGGCAAUAGUCAGGAGAGUUUAGAUGCAAACUAUGACGAAAACGAUGAAAUAUCCAGCGAAGAAGACGAAGACGAGGAAGAAGAAGAAGAUGACGAAGCACCAACAAUGGCACCAUCGCCACCACCAUCAUUCUCCCCACCACCUCCACCAUUGCCAUUGAGGAAGCCCCCUCGUCUCGUUCCCGAACGAAACGAGUCGAUGGUGCGUCUGGCCCAUCCCCUCGUCAAACAAGGCUCAUUGCGGCGCCAUUUCAGUGAGGAACUCGAUGCAAGGGACUUGGGCAAGGUCAAUGACUUAAUAACCAAGUUCGAGAAGAAUCCGCCUUACGAAAAUGUACCACGAAUUCAGCUGAUUCCCAGUGAUGACGACACUGAUGGUACUUUCGAAGUUGAAGAACAGAAAGCAGCCAAAACAAAGGAGAAUGACGCCAAAAAGGUCGCCGUACAAUAUUCAUCAAAUGUUGUUGACUUGGACGACUUCGAGUUGGAGGACAAAAAUAAAACGCCGACUAGAGAAAAUAUUGGCGGCGGCGUCAAAAAGACCCGCUCUCAUCGUUACGGUAAUGGAAAUGGAAAUGGAACAACUGACGAAGAAGGUAACUUCGAGCAAAAGAAAGUGACCAGAAGCAGCAGCAAACGAAGACCAGCUCCAAUUCCCAUAAGACCUUCAGCAAUGAUGGAUGAUUCUAGAAAUAACAAUAUUUAUAACAACAACAACGACGAUGAAAUUAUAAGAUCGAAAAAGGAACACCCAAAAUCACCAUCUCCCGAAGAAUUAAAUGAAAAUCUAGACAAUGUAUCAAUUCAAAGUCCAAAUUCAAUUUACGGAUCACCAAUUGGUUCGAUUUGCUUAUCCGAAAGAAUUUCCACAAGUUCAAUAUAUGGAUCACCAGUUGGGGUGGCAUAUCCAAUGAAGACCGCCGACCAGAUGCAUACGAAUAGACGACGACUCUCGAAUCGCUCAUCGCUAAGGGAUGAUGACACAUUCUAUUCUUUUGAAAGUGACGAAGAGAAUAAUUUUUAUUCCUUGGGUGACUCGUCUGACAUGAGGUACACAAUCGAAAUCUGAACGUGAUGCGUGGAGGAGGAGGAGGACAUGGGAUUUAUUUUUGGAAUUACGAUUAAAGUUAGAAUAUUUUAAUUUAUUAUUAUUUAAUAAUAAAAGUAAUUAUGUGAAUGUCCGUUGCUGAUUAAUCUGAAUGUAAAUUAAAUAUUUCAUCUGGAAAGUA